AAAUGCUUUCUGAGACAAAAAAAAAUUGAAUGCGCUACGCAAUCAUGAUCUCAUGGCCAAAAUGGCCCCCACCUUGUAAGUGCAAAUAUAAAAGCGCCAGAGCACGCCAGCCAUCCAAAUCAUACAAUACCUUUUUCUUAAAACAUCAAAAAUAUGCCCGAAGGACCAACUUGUCGCGUUUCAUACAAGGCCGAUGGCCAAGAAUUUUUCGUCUUUGCUGAUGCUGAUUACCUUGAGAAGUGGAAGCAGGAUAAGACCAUCCCUAUUGUGCAGGUUGUUCAAUCCUACGAAAUCUUGCAUGUUCCAAACGGCGGCAACACAGGCGAAGCAGUUCGACCAGCAAAGGGCGCCUUAGAGUCGGCGUUUGGUACCUCCAAUACUGACGACAUUGUCAAAAAGAUUCUCACUGAAGGCGAAUACAAGGGAGGAGCCCAUCUUGGACGUGCGGAGGCUUACGGUCUAGGCGGUGAUAAGGGACAAAGUGCCUAUUAAGUAGGCCAUGGUUGUGAAUACUGUAUAUAUGAAAAACUAAAAAAAAUAAAAAUCUUUGAGAAAGAAAAAUUAAAGCAAACAUUGUGUGCCACCUCAUAUUCAACUGGGGACCUGACCGACGUGAUUGCCAGUUCACAGUAGAUCACCUACCCAUUUUGCCCCCACAAUCACUGUGGCUUUAUGGAAUGAGGCUUGAGGGUUUGAGUUCUACCGGGAAGAACGUGUCAGUGGGCAAUCAAACACAUGGAUGGUGUAGGAAUGUGUGACAAAAGAGGAGAUCGGGGGGAGGCAAAAAAGGAGAAGAGAG